AAAAGAUGGGGGAUAUUGUACAAGUGUAUGACCACCAGGUGCGUGCAUUUAGAUCUUCUGGAAAGCCUAGAUUCGGAUGCCUUCUUAUUAUCUGUCCGACGCUUCAUCUCAAGACGAGGCAAACCAUACGAGCUGCUUUGUGACAACGGCACUAAUUUUGUCGGAGCCGAUCGGGAGUUGCAAGAAGCCUUUUCCGACAUGGGCCCGCAGUUACAGGAGCAGUUGGCUAGCCAAAGGAUCCACUUCCGAUUCAAUCCACCUAGCGCCCCUCACUUCGGAGGAACGUGGGAGCGAGAGGUGAAAUCCGUGAAGACAGCCCUAAAAGUAAUUCUGAAAGAGCGGUCUGUGCCAGAACCUGUCCUUCACACCCUCCUUGUGGAAACUGAAGGGAUACUGAAUGCUAAGCCACUUGGUUAUGUUUCUUCGGACAUCGCCGACCCUGACCCCAUAACACCGAAUCUCCUUCUUAUGGGACGUAGGGACUCUUCACUACCCCAGGUGUAUUACGACUCGCAUAACCUGCUGGGAAGGAGGAGAUGGAGACAUAGUCAGAUCUUAGCCGACAACUUUUGGACCACCUUUAUCCGACAGUACCUGCCCAGUCUCCAGGAGCGCCAAAAGUGGCGGACUGAUGGCAAGGAACUCGACACAGAGCAAGUCGUGCUCAUUGUGGACCCUCAGCUGCCACGGGCCCUCUGGCCUGUGGGCACUGUUAUGGAGACCUUUAAAGGACCAGACGGACGUGUUCGCACUGCGGCCAUAAAGGUCAAAGGUAAGACCUACAUCCGUCCUGUUGCCCGGCUGAUCCCGCUCCCCAAGUGCACUGAAGAGGAUCAGGACUCUUCUGCUGGCCUUUCUAACUGAUUACAAAUGUCACAUCUGACAUUCGGGGGCGGCUGUGUAAGAAAGCCAAGCAGAAGGCGCCCGCCAGCGACCGGCUUUCUGUUGCUCCAUACCGCCAGCUCCUUUUUCCUUUCUCCCCCACGUGAGCACGCGGUGCGUGCAUGACAGCUCGGUGCUUCAGCGGAGCGGAGCAUUAAAGCCGAAUGAACAUGUUUUCCGUGCGUAAAGGACGAUAAACCACGGAAACAUCACACGAACACACACGACCACAUGAACCCACACAACACAUAUUCAGCUAUAAACCCCAGCAUGUUCAAUAAAGAAUCUUAAAGGCCUCCUUCUCCAGUCCUAAUUCUCUAACCGGAAUUAAGCCAUACUGUACCGCCUCAAACCAGUGAAAUACAG